UGAACACAACCCCAUUCAUCCUCCCCCCAUACAUGUCCCCUUGCUUGCUUCCGUAUCUUCCCCACCACUGCGGUCGGAAGCCAACAUCCCAUCCACCUCUGCCUCUUCCUAUCUCCGGCCUUGUUACUGGUGUUUAACUCGAUCUGUGUGAUCUUGGAUAGCUUCUUGGAGUACAACAUGAAGGGCAAGCAGGACGACGAGAGGAAGGAUGUCAUCCCACGCUUUCAGCACCAUUGCCUUCGACAACACCAACAGCUGCUGCUUCUGCAUAAGAGAGAAUGCCUGUCGGACGAAGUGGACAGCUCCAGGAGCAGCGCAGAGGUCAAGAAGGCCAAAGCCGACGUCGUCGAACAGACCGCGGAGAGAGGUCUGGUGGUGGUCAACACCGGUGGCGACGGAGGAGGUGGAGAUGGCGCCACGAUCGAGGUGGCGAAGCGGCGGAGGGGACGCCCGCUGGGGUCCAAGAACAAGCCGAAGACGUCCGUGGUGAUCACGCGCGAAGCAGAGGCGCCGGCGGCCAUGCGGCCGCACGUGCUCGAGAUCCCCGCGGGGCACGACGUGGCUCAGUCGCUCGCCCACUUCGCACGGCGCCGCAACCUUGGGAUAUGCGUCCUCGCCGGCACCGGCUCCGUUGCGAACGUCGCCCUCCGCCAGCCGCACUUCGGCGGGGCGCCGCCGCCACCCCAGGCCGCGACCAUCGGUUUCCGCGGGCGGUUCGAGAUCCUGUCCAUCUCCGCCACGUUCCUCCCGCCGGCCAUGGCGGCGGUCUCCCCCAGGAUCGGUGGCGAGAUAUCCAUCUCCCUUGCCGGGCCGCAGGGGCAGGUCGUGGGCGGGACGGUGGCGGGACCGCUGAUUGCGGCGGGGACUGUGGUGGUCGUGUCGGCGGCGUUCUCGAACCCGACCUUCCAUCGGUUGCCAGUCGAGGACAACGUGUCGAUAUCCGUCUCGAUCUCCGGGGGCGGCCAGGGUGGUGAGGCAGAGGAGCACGAGCCGCACGUCCAUCACCAGCAUCAGCAACAGCGGUGCCACGACGGGACAGCAGCAGAGUCCUGCGGCAUGUCCAUCUACGGUGACCACCUCAUGUCAGACGUCAUUUGGCCGCCCUCUGCUCACCCUCCGCCUCCACCACCUUUCUAAUUCGACCUUAAUCCUCUCUCUCUCUCUCUCUCUUUCUCUUUUCUCUAGUAUUGUCCGGUGAUCUACGUUUCUCUGUCAUCGCGCUGGGAAUUGAAGGAGGAGUGUUGUGCUUCUUUCAGAAUUUUUGGCUUGUUCGGAUUGCCAUGGUUGCAUCACAGUGUUACAAAGGAAAUCGAACUGUAGUUCUUGAUCUUGUUUCUAUCAA